AUGUCAGGAGCUCCUGAAGAAAGGGUGCGAGCGCUAAAACUCCUGAUAGAACAGCACCUCACCUCUACUGGGAUCACUGAUAGGAUUGAUAGAGCACUGAGGGAGAGGGACAAGGACAAUGUUAUCCAGGAUAUAUCCAGGGAGAACGUGAUUGACAAGGUAAUAACAGAGCUUAAAAACAGUUCUCUAAACGAAAGCGUGUUGGAACAGCCAGAAACAAAACCUGAAAUUCCCAUACCUCCAGAGCUGGAGACGCGAGGAAAGCGGUUUCUCCAAGUUAGUUUAACACAAGGCAGAGCUUUUAUAGACGAUCUGGAGAACAACGAGGCAGCUACAUUUCAACUGCACGCUCUUUGUUUAGGAAAGAGAAUGUCCAGUAAACCGGUGCCAGCUAUGUGUGAACCACCUUUCGAUGAGACCUUCUACUUUUGUAUAGAUCAGAUACAGAAACGUGGAAGUUUAAUAACAUGUCAGAGUAGGUUGCUACUUACAAUAGUAAGAACCAGUCACGCUGGACACAAACACUUAUUAGGUAGCUGUGAGGUUGACUGGAGACAGUGUCUUGAUAAGACAGAAGGUACGCUGCUAAACCUGGAGGUUACUGGAACUAAAUCAGACUGUGGGGUCUCUGUGGGCCUGCUUACUCUUAGGAUUAAAAUGCUGCCAGCUCUGCAGAAGAGAAUAUCAAGUGAAGUGUUAAAAAGUCAGCUGAUGAUGGAAAAGGACCGGAAGAUAGAAAGAGAGCGUCUGUUCCUCAUGUAUACUAAACAGUGGUGGAAUGAAUACCUGGCUCUUCGCCCAGCUCACACAGACAGACUUGUCAAGAUAUUCACUGAGGAUGAGUUAGGAAGUACUCAGUUGGUGUGUAUGAUGUUGGCUCCUCUCCAAACCCCCCUGAUUGAGUCUGCGCGGCACGCAGCUCGCUUUGUCUCCCAGAUCCCCUGCUCACAGAGCCACGCACCUGGCGGUAAUUCUACCAGCGAACAGUGGACCAGUCUACACGGAUUCCUGGUGGCUAAUAAUGGGGACGUGGAAUCUCACUGUCUCCUCCUCUGCUCCCUCCUCCUAGGCUUCUCACUUGAUAGUUACGUGUGUAUAGGCAGCAGAAUUAAAGGUACCUCACAUGUCUGGGUCAUGACGCUGGGCGAGACUGGGGUUCCUACAUUCUGGGACGCUAUCACCGGUCAGAGAUACGUUACCGGAGAUACACUUCCCUACAAGACUAUUGACUGUGUGUUCAAUGACAAGUCAUUCUACGCUAACACUCAGCCUUCCAACUCAAUCUCUAAAAUCAAGUUUCAGUUAGGAGAGCCAGUACUCUGGAAAGCAGUGAGUGAGGAUGCCAUCCAAUCCAUGAGGGCCAGCAAGGAUACCAGUAACAUGCAGAUCGUAUUAAAUCCCAACCUAAUUGAUCCUUACCACACUGCUGCUAAUCUAGAACAUCAACUUAGGAGAUUGAUAAGAGACGAGCGUGAACAGCAUGAUCUGAGCACACAUUGGAAUGAUAAUUUGUGCCAUUUACUUCUGCCUGCUAUCAGCGCCUAUGAGAUUGAGCGUGCUGCAGGUGUCACAGUCAGUAAUGAAGAAUUCCAACAUGCAGUGAGAUACGCUGUUCCCACAGGCUUCACUUUCAAGGGAUAUCCAGCUCAGUUUAACCACCUCAAUAUUAGGCAGAUAUUCAGGGAAUGCAUGAGGUCGGAAGUUUGUUCAGACUUGAUAACCAGUCACGGCGACGAACUGGAGCUGGCGAUCAAGAUACGAAUCUACCCAUAUCCUGAGAAUGUAGUGGCUUGCUGGGUCAUGUUCGCCUGUCAGUACAGGUGCAUAUUAUGAGACAAUAACUCGGACGCUAGCUGAAUUAUACACAUUGCACGAUGAACUCCUCAAAU